AUGUCUCUCACAGUUGCAGGCAAGACCGUCGGGCCCAUCGGCUUUGGCAUGAUCGGCCUCAACAACCCAGCGAAAGGCAUCACCACAGAAGAAGCCAUCCCCAUCCUCAAAGCGGCAUUGGAAGCGGGAUCCAACUUCUGGAACGGCGGCCGCAUCUACGGCACUGAAGACUACAACAGCCUCCAUCUGCUGAAAGCAUACUUCAGCAAGUACCCCGAGGACGUCGAGAAAGUCUGCGUCAGUAUCAAAGCCUGCUUCAGCACCGCCACUGCCACGGCGGAAGCGAGAGCGGAGCAGGUGAGGGAGAAUAUCGAGCAUUGUCUCGCUGUUGCGGAUGGGAAGUUCAGGAUCGACGUCUUCCAAGCUGCGAGGUUGGAUCCGGAUGUGCCUGUAGAGGAGACCAUUGGAGCGAUUGCUGAGUAUGUCGAAGCGGGAAAGAUUGGCGGGGUGGGGAUCACGGAGUGCAGCGCUGCCAGUCUGAAGAAGGCGGCUGCUGUGACGGAGAUUGCUGCCGCGGAGUUGGAGUUGAGUUUGUUCACCACGGGGAUCCUGCACAACGGCCUGGCAGAGGCGUGCAGAGAGUACAGCAUUCCGAUCAUCGCUUACUCGCCGCUGAGCCGUGGAUUCUUGACGGGCCAGAUUCAGAGGUACGAGGAUAUGGCGGAGAACGAUAUGCGACGCCGCAUGCCACGCUUCUUCCCGGAGAACUUUGACCAGAACAUGAAGCUCGUGGAAGAGGUCGAGGAGGUGGCGAAGCGCAAAGGCUGCACGGCCGGCCAGGUCGCCAUUGCGUGGGUGGCAAAGCAGAGCAAAAGCAUCGGGACGCCCGUCAUGCCCAUCCCCGGUGCCUCAGCCAUCUCCAGGCUGAACGAGAACCUCAAGAUCGUCGAGCUGACGGACGAUGAGCUGGCAGAGAUCAACACCGUGCUGAAGAAGGCUGAGGUCAAGGGUGACAGGUACCCAGCUGCGUUUAUGAAGUUUCUUGAGGUGUAA